UUUUGUAAUCAUAGCAAGCUCUCAUUGGUUUUUUAAGGAAUGGAUCAAUGCAUGAGGCCCACUUAUAUGAUGCAGGCAUUAAAACAAAAUUCCAUUUCCCGUUCUGUUCUCUUCCAUCUUCUUCCAAGGUCUCCAUGAGCCCCUUGAAAUUCUCCAAGGCGAGACUGAUGUGAAUGAAGAUGCUCCUCCUUUAAGUUACUAUCUCGGUGGUACUACGGUAUACCGAGUUUUCGAACAUGAAAACUUGUCUAGACUUCCUAGGCAUGAGUCUGGGUUCUAGCAGCAGCACAAUCAUAGCCUUAUCUGCAUGGCUUCUCCUCUUUCUUCUUCUCUGCGGCGACGUUCUUCCAGUUGCCAAUGGCGACUUGGGUCGGAAAAACCGAACUUUAUGGGCAGAGCAAGAGGUCCAGAAGCUGAAGAUCAUCAGGGCUCAUCUCAAGAGGAUCACCAAGCCAGCAAUCAGGACAAUUCAAAGUUCCCAUGGUGAAAUUAUAGAUUGCGUAUUAUUCCAUCAUCAGCCGGCCUUUGAUCAUCCUCUACUGAAGGGGAAUGGACCGAUGGAUCCACCUGAAAGGCCGAAGAGACAUGACCAGCUGGGCGUGGUCCUAGAGAACUUCCAACCAUGGAGAGGGUCGGGGAGAUCAUGCCCAGAAGGAACCGUCCCGAUUCGAAGAACAAUGGAACAAGAUGUUUUGAGGGCCGGUUCAUUCCGAAGGUUUGGAAAGAAGAUGAAGAAGUACUUUCGAAGAGACACCUCCAACGAUGGUCAUGAGCACGCAAUUGGGUAUGUGACUGGGGCGCAGUACUACGGAGCAAAAGCAAACAUAAAUGUGUGGGCGCCCCAGGUUGCAAAUCCAGAUGAGUUCAGCCUCUCCCAAAUUUGGGUCAUUUCCGGUUCGUUUGGUGAUGAUCUCAAUACCAUCGAGGCCGGUUGGCAGGUGAGUCCAGAGUUGUACGGAGACAACUAUCCCAGGUUCUUCACUUACUGGACUAACGAUGCGUACCAAACAAGUGGCUGCUACAACUUGCUGUGUUCGGGCUUCGUUCAAACCGACAGCAGGAUCGCAUUGGGUGCUGCCAUCUCUCCCACGUCUUCAUACAACGGUGGACAAUUCGACAUCAGCUUAUUGAUUUGGAAGGAUCCGAAGCACGGCAACUGGUGGCUAGAGUUCGGCCCAGGAAUCUUGGUUGGGUACUGGCCAUCGGUUCUGUUCACUCACCUAAGGGAUCAAGCAAGCAUGGUGCAAUUUGGAGGGGAGGUUGUGAACUCCAACCCGUCGGGCCAGCACACGAUGACCCAGAUGGGCAGCGGCCAUUUCCCUGGAGAGGGCUUCGGGAAGGCCUCUUAUUUUCGGAACUUGCAAGUCGUCGACUGGGACAACAACAUGGUCCCAGUCUCCGAUCUACGGGUUUUGGCCGAUAAGCCGAAUUGUUACAACAUUCAAGGAGGAGCUAGCGAUGUGUGGGGGAGUUACUUUUACUAUGGAGGGCCCGGAAGAAAUGAGUUGUGUCCUUGAUUAAUGACGAAAAUUGGGGAACAAAUUCUCCAAUUCUUUUUUUUUGGGGGGUUAUGAUUGGACUUACUUUUUUUUUUUUUUGAAUCUCACGCCUCAUAGUUGGUCUGAUUGUUUAGUAGUUGAUGUAUGAAUCUAGAGGGAGAUAGAGACUUAUAUCAGGGAAAAUUCCUAUUUUAGUCGAAAUUUAUUAUGAGGAUGUGCCAUCGUAUUAUAUUAUGACAAUGUACACCGACUGAAUCAAGGUCGGGUUAUGACUGUACACUGACUGAAUCAAGGUUUGGUUGUAUCGGAG